AUGGCAACGCCUACAGUGCCCGCAGCUCAGCCUGCAACGCCGCUCAACCCUUUCGUCGUCGAACUGCCGGAAAAGCUCGACUUUCGGAGACCCGAGGAGUGGAAGCGGUGGUUUACACGAUGGGAAAGGUACCGCGUCAUCUCAGGUUUGAAGAAACAAGACGACGAAACCCAGGUGAACACACUCAUUUACGCGAUGGGCCGUGAAGCAGAAGAUGUCCUGGCGUCGCUCAAACUUUCCGACGCUGAGAAACUCAACUACGACGCGGUAACACGAGCGUUCGCGAAACAUUUCGUGCCGCGGACGAACGUGAUAUAUGAGCGGGCGAAGUUCAACAGCCGGAAGCAAGAAGCGCAUGAGUCAGUCGACGCGUUCGUAACCGAACUCUACAGACUAGCCGAAACCUGCGAGUACGGAGAUCUGAAAGAAGAAUUGAUCCGCGAUAGGCUCGUGGUCGGUCUCGCAGACACGCAACUAAGCGAGAAGCUGCAACUUAACGCCGAGCUGACUCUUGAAGCCGCCGUCACCGCUGCACGCAACUCCGAAACGAUCAAGCAGCAGCAAAAAGAUCUACGGCCGCAGCAACAGACGCCUGCGGCUAUAGACGCCAUGCGUGGAUGCUCGAAGAGCAAAGGAAAGCCAAAUCAGCGCUCUCAAAAAACACAGCGCGAUCAAACGGCGCUGACGUGCAAGUGGUGUGGCUCAACAACGCACCCACCAUCACGCACUAUGUGCCCGGCGAACGGGAAAAUAUGCAGUGCCUGCGGCAAAAAGGGACACUUUGCCGCCGUGUGCUUGUCUGCCUCUCCGAGGAAGAAAAAGAGCACCCACCAAGCCGUUUUGGAAGAGGUUUAUUUGGGUCAAUUGACUGACCAACAGGACUCUGGGCCGUGGAGGACUGACGUUACAGUAAAUGGCUUGCCAAUGAAGUUCAAAGUAGACACCGGUGCAGAUGUUACCGCUAUACCUACAAGCCUCUACAACGAACAAGUCAUGGGCAACCUGAAGCAGGCUCAGAAACAGCUGCUGGGACCCGGCCGGACCAAAAUCGCAACAAUGGGUCUGUUCAGCGCAACCUUGUGCUGGAAUGGCCGAGUGUGUCAAGAAGAAGUUUACGUGAUCGACAAGUUACACGAUGCACUUCUCGGACGUCCUGCAAUCAAAUCAUUGGAUAUCCUUCCAAGCCUUCUCGAAGUCACAGCGUCAACAAGCAAGGUCAGCGACCCUGCCAACAUUCUCUGCCACUACCCCAACUUGACUACAGGCCUGGGUCUUCUCAAGACGGAAUACAGGAUAAUAUUACUCCCCGAUGCCAAGCCAAGCGCUAUUACGUAUCCGCGGCGAGUACCCCUGCCCAUGCUGCCCAGUGUCAAACGUGAGUUGGAGAGAAUGGAGAACCUUGGCGUCAUUAGAAAGGUCGACGAGGCCACAGAGUGGUGCGCACCUAUGGUAGUCGCGAAAAAGAGAGGAGGCGAGCUUCGAAUCUGCGUCGACUUCGGAGGGUUAAACAAGAACAUUUUGCGGGAACGAGUCGUAAUGCCCACCGUCGACGAAUGUUUGGCCAGACUUGCCGGAGCUACAUGGUUCAGCAAGCUUGAUGCAAGGGCUGGUUAUUGGCAAGCUCCGCUAGCACCAGAGUCCCAGAAGUACACCACUUUUCUGACGCCAUUCGGCCGGUUUCAGUUCCUCCGAUUGCCCUUUGGAAUUUCGACAGCACCCGAGUUUUUCCAGAGAGAAAUGCUAAGAGUUCUAGAAGGCAUUGAAGGCCAGGCGUGUCUACAAGACGACAUUAUAGUGUUUGGCCCUUCAAGGGAAGAACAUGACGCACGACUGCACAAAGUACUGCAGCGCCUGCAAGAAGCUGGCAUCACCUUGAACGCAGAAAAAUGCGUACUACACCAGCAGUCAGUGAGAUUCCUGGGACACAUUGUGUCGGCGAAUGGUAUCAGUGCCGACCCUGAAAAGGUCAGCGCACUAUGUCACCUAGCAGAGCCUACAGAUGUAACAGAAGUGAGGUCCUUCUUGGGGAUGGCCAACCACUUGGCCAAGUUUCUCCCAGGGCUCUCGCAGCUCACAAAACCGUUACGUGACCUGCUUCACAGCGACGCCGAAUGGUGCUGGGACAAGCCACAGCAAGAAAGCUUCAACGCCGUCAAGAAAGCAUUGACGACGACUCCAGUGCUUACUCACUACGACCCUUGUAGCCAUCACACUGUGUCGGCGGAUGCAUCGUCGUACGGUCUUGGAGCUGUCCUCCUUCAAGAGACAGCGGGUCAGAGACUUCCAGUACCCUAUGCCUCAAGAUCCCUCUCUGACAUGGAGACGCGAUAUGCGCAAAUAGAGAAAGAAGCACUGGCAGUUACAUGGGCCUGCGAGCAUUUCCGCUCCUAUCUGCUUGGUCUGCAGUUUCACGUGGAAACUGAUCACAAGCCACUGGUGCCAUUGCUGUCAUCAAGCCGCCUGGACGAGCUUAGUCCCCGUCUGCAACGGUUCCGUAUGAGACUCCUCGAGUUCGAUUACACCAUUGCCCACAUCCCAGGCAAGGAAAUGCAUACAGCCGAUGUGCUCUCAAGGAAACCACAGAAGGAAACGGACAACAGCAGCCCAAGGAGCCUCAGCAAGGCCGUCGUAGAACAUGAAAUUCUCACUGUGGAACUUCUGCCUGCUUCCCACGAUAUGCUUGAAAAUAUAAAGGCAGCACAAGAGAACGAUCCUGUUCUAGCAAGAGUUAGGGACUACUGCACGACGACGUGGCCCAAAGAAGUGGCACUACCUCCGGACGUGCAGAGGUAUUCAGCAUUUGCCCAUGAACUGACACAAGUGGAUGGCAUUUUACUCAAAGGCAGCCGCAUUGUCAUUCCACCAAGCAUGCAAAGUGAUGGUAAACAGCUGAUCAAGAAAUCGCCGAACAUCCACAAGGCUCUGCUCGCGCAUAGAGACACGCCAGGGAAAGAAGGAUUCACACCAGCGGAACUCCUCAUGGGAAGGCGCCUAAGAACCGACGUGCCCGUGGCACCACACGUGCUGAGGCCACAGUGGAGCACCGUAGAAUUUACUAAACGAAAUGAAGCCUACAAGGUCAAGCAGGGCCAACAAUAUAACCGGAGACAUAGGACUUUGGCAAGAGAGCUCAUUCAACCGCAGACAGCCGUCCGCAUUCUGUCUGGUGCUCCAACAACAGGGACCGUCAUUGGGCCAGCUCACACGCCUCGUUCGUAUGUAGUGAGCACACCUGGAGGUCUCACGAGACGCACCAGCAAACAUCUCCAGCCGCUACAACCUGUGGCGACAACAAGAAGUGGACGAACCGUGAGAGCUCCUAGUCGGCUUGACCUGUGA